AUGAGCUUGGCUCAACUCCAGAAACGCCAUGCUCUCGCUGCUCCGAAGGGACCGUUCCUGGCACGCCUACUCGUCACGAACCUGGCCGAUGUUACCAAUGCGUACGUCUACAAGGCGGAUAUUCCGCGCCAGCUCCUCGAAAGUCUGGAUUGUCCUACCCGCACCAUCGAAGACUUCAUCUUUCCGACUGUCAACUACGUAGUGGUACCUUUUAAACCGUACUCGACCUUUGCAGAGCGCUUCCGGGCUGAGCUGGUCGGCCCGCAGUACUAUUCUCCUCCUGACCCAGUCGACUCGAAUCAGGCGGUGCCUUCGGAUCCAAAAGGCGAGAAGCGAGAGUGUGACGAGGAGUAA